CUGCCUCGCUCAUAAUGGCGUCGAGAGAGGAACAAGCGGGGAGGAAGGAGGAGUUUCCGCCUUUUUCUCUGAGGCGGAUGUCCUGCCGUCUGCUUCCGGCGUCGGCUGGGUGAACUUCGGACUGUUUUCCACGCGGGUUUUCGUGGCCGGUUGAGGGAAUUGCUGCUACUUUUGCCUGUGGAUCAUGCUUCUUCUGUCCCUAGUCCUGCUCUUGCUAUCUGGCCUAGCCUCAUCUGUGGAAGUGAAACGCCCACGUGGUGUCUCCCUAACAAACCAUCACUUCUAUGAUGAAUUAAAGCCAUUCACUUGCCUAGAUGGUUCUGCAACGAUACCCUUUGACAGAGUCAAUGAUGAUUAUUGUGACUGCAAGGAUGGUUCAGAUGAACCAGGGACACCAGCAUGCCCAAAUGGCCGCUUCCACUGCUCCAAUGCUGGUUAUCGCCCUCAAUAUAUCCCCUCCUCUCGUAUCAAUGAUGGGAUUUGUGACUGCUGUGAUGCAACAGAUGAAUACAACAGUGGCAUUGUGUGUGAAAACACCUGCAAAGAGAUGGGCCGAAAGGAACGUGAGGCACUGAAGCAGAAGGCGGAGGUAGCCAGAGAGGGUUUUGAAAUCAAAAAGGCCCUGAUGGAAGAAGCAAGUAAGAGAAAAGAAGAAAAACAGAAAAAGCUGGUUGAAUUACAAGAGGGUAAGAAAUCUGUAGAGGAGCAAGUGGAGACUCUCAGGGCACAGAAAGAAGCCGCUGAAAAGCCAGAAAAGGAGGCCAAAGACAUCCACCAAAAAGCCUGGGAAGAACAGAAAGAAGCUGAAAGAGCAGCAAGAGAUCAAGCCAAAGCAGAAGAGGCAUUCAUGGAGCUGGAUGAUGAUGGAGAUGGGAUAGUAUCUGUUGCUGAGCUUCAGACACACCCAGAGCUGGAUGUGGAUGGCGAUGGGAUCCUUUCAGAAACAGAAGCCCAGACCUUGCUGGACAACUCUUUGCAGGUGGAUGUGGGUAGUUUCCAAAACACAGUUUGGAACGCGAUCAAGGAGAAGUACAAGGCAGAGAGUUUGGUUGAUGUACAGUCUCCAUUGAAGGGCACAGCAGAGGAAGAGCCAGAUAAUCAGUCUGAUUCCCAGUUAGACCAGUUGCCUCCUGAGGAGGACUAUGAAGAAGAUGAUGAUGAAGAGGAAGAGACUGAUGAAGACAGCAUUGAUGAAGAGUUGAAGGUCCCCCCACCUAAGCCAUCAUCUGAUGUCAAGGCGGCAGCAGAAGAAGAAGAACAGGAGAAAAUGCCCCCUUACGAUGAAGCCACUCAGUCUCUGAUUGAUGCUGCACAAAAGGCCCGGGAGCAAUUUGAAGAGGUAGAGAAGUCCCUGAAAGAAAUGGAGGACUCAAUCAGGAACCUGGAGAAAGAGAUCUCCUUUGAUUUUGGACCUCAUGGAGAAUUUUCAUAUCUGUACGGCCAGUGCUAUGAUCUUACCACAAAUGAGUACGUUUAUCGUCUCUGUCCCUUUAACAGAGUGUCUCAGAAACCCAAGCACGGUGGCUCGGAGACCAGCCUUGGCACGUGGGGUUCCUGGACUGGUCCUGAAGAGAACAAAUUCAGUGUCAUGAAAUAUGAACAUGGAACGGGAUGCUGGCAGGGCCCCAACCGAUCCACCACUGUGAAACUUUCAUGUGGUAAGGAGACAGUGGUCACAUCCACGACAGAGCCCAGCCGCUGUGAGUACUUGAUGGAGUUUGUCACCCCAGCAGCCUGCCAUGAGCCCAAAGACCUCAAUCAUGAUGAACUCUGAGAGCAGAUGUGCAGAAGCCAUUGCCAGUGGAGCCAGGCGCAGAAUCCAAGACCGAUGGCAGAACUCACCGCCUCUUCUGUCCCAGAACCCAUCCUCAUGGCCUUUCCAUGUGGAUCCUGGCAUCCCUUUCCCACUGUUAGUGCUGCUUUGCCCCUGUGGACCUUGGGGCUUUUAAAUUACUGGUUAUUUUCCUUGGCAAGUCCUGCAGAAUAACUCCCCCGCCCCCAGCCCACUCCCUCUUUCUCCUUCCUUGCUUUAGGACACUACCUGCCCAGAUCAUGCUCAGGACUGCGAAACUGCCUGGCCCUUCAUAUUGCAGCAGGGAUCGGGGAGGCUGUCUUCAGCCUCACUGCUGUUUCUUUGUAAAGGAGAAGGGCUUCAUUUUGUUCAACAGUGAUGGAAAACGUUGAACCUGUUGACCUGAAGUGCUGUCUUCUGCUGGCCGUUUGUUUUGAGCCAGAUUUCUCUCAGCCCAAGACUUUUCCCAGGUGGAGCAAGACACACGGAAGAAAAGAGCCUGUGCCCAGCUUGCUUCCUGUGCGGGCAGUCCCAGACUCUCUUUGUUUGGUUCUAAUCUGAUGUUUGCUGGUGAACUCUCAUCAAAACAAACACACAUCCCUUCCAAUAAAGAAACAUCUCUCAA